GUAGAGCGAGUCAUUCAAGUAUCACAGGGGGAAGGAGAGGCGACCGACAACUUCCACACGCUCCCUCCGUCGGCUUCGAACGACUUCUGUUCCGACCGUGCGGCGACGCGGACCCCGCGAAACAUGGCUUCGCUCUCAGCCUGGUUCUGGAACGAGAGGUUCUGGCUGCCGCACAACGUGACCUGGGCGGAUCUGGCGGACCCAGCGCCCGGGGUGGAGUAUCCCAAAGCCGGACACUUGUUAGCAGCGCUGCCGAUCGCUCUGGGGAUCUUCGCCGUCAGGAUACUUUUUGAACGGUUUAUUGCCGGCCCCUGCGCUCGCAUUCUCCACAUUCAGUCCGGCGUUGGAAGAAGAGCUCAGUCUAAUGCAGUGCUGGAGAAAGUGUUUACAUCCAUCACAAAGAACCCAGACUCUCGCCAUCUGGACGGCUUGUCCAAACAGCUGGACUGGGAGGUGCGAAAGGUCCAGCGUUGGUUCAGACAACGCAGGAACCAAGAUAAACCCAGCACGCACACCAAGUUCUGCGAGAGCAUGUGGAGAUUUACAUUUUAUUUCUACAUAUUUAUCUAUGGAAUGUGCUUUCUGUGGCAGUCCCCCUGGCUGUGGGACACGCGGCAUUGCUGGUACGGUUACCCCUAUCAGGUCAUUACUUCGGGCCUUUACCACUACUACAUGACCCAACUGGCUUUCUACUGGUCGCUCAUGUUCUCCCAGUUCAUCGACAUAAAAAGGAAGGACUUUCUCAUCAUGUUCGUCCAUCACCUGGCUGCAGUCGGCCUCCUCAGCUUUUCCUACGCCAACAACAUGGCGCGAGUCGGGAGCCUGGUGCUGUUUGUCCACGAUACGUCCGACUUCCUGCUCGAGGCGGCCAAACUGGCCAACUACGCCAAGUACCAGCGCCUGUGCGACUUCCUCUUCAUUGUGUUCGGUGCCGUGUUCAUCAUCACCCGACUUGUCAUUUUUCCAGUAUGGGUGUUGAAUUCCACUAUGUUUGAGAGCUGGGACAUAGUUGGACCGUUCCCGUCCUGGUGGCUCUUCAACAUCCUGCUGCUGAUUCUCCAGGUGCUGCAUGUCAUCUGGUCCUACCUCAUAGCUCGUAUAGCUAUCAAAGCCCUACUGCGCGGCAAGGUGUGCAAUGACGUCCGCAGUGACAUUGAGAGCAGCUCGGAAGAGGAGACCAACACGCCCACAGAAGGCCUCAAGACUCCUCACUCUCCCAGAGGAGAGAACGGCACUAACGGCCACUGUGCUGCUGCCAAAGGCCAGGCACAAAACCACAGCAGCUGGUGACAUGCAACCUGAACUUGGGAGCCUCCUGCAGUUCUCAUCUGAGAAUCUGAGAACUUUUGUUUGUCUUAUGACAUUCCUCUGUUGUGCAAGGCUCACGCCCAUGUUCACGAUCACAUUUUACACUGACAGUGAGCAUGCACCGAUUUGUAUGUUGGUGAGCUCGUAGUGGCUCUGCAGACACAAAUAUCAGCUUUAAGGAGCCCUGUAAAGACACGUACGACAACUGAACAGCUGAUCUGUAAAUGCUGAAUUACGUGGACAUCGGUUGAAGCAAGUGAUUUGGAUAGCCUUGUUUUUCAAAUGUUGGGAUUUUUUGUGCAGUUUGCCUGUGGACGUUUGUGUUCAUUACCAGUUUUAUUGGUGAGAUGAACUUGACUAUGUGUGUUUCUAAUGGUUAAUUCACACAGGACAGAAAACCAGCAGCAGGUAAUGCACAUGAAAACAAUUAAUGUUAUGACUAUGGUUUUAGUCGCUCUUAAAAUCAAGGCGUCUGCUCUGUGUGUGGCCAGAAGCUCAAAAAGUUGCUGCCUUUUGUGUGUAUUUCCUGUCAUGUCGUUUUGGCUACCUUGUAACUUUUUUGUUCUGUUUUAUUUUUUUAUUUACUUCUGAGACCAAAUGUUUCUGAAGUUGUAUGUCACUGCCCAUAGAAGAAACCAGGUAUGAGGACAAUACUAAUGUCUGAAAAUAUGUUGAGUGCCUUGUAAAAAUGUAUUUCUGAAUAUAUUCUGUUGAAAAAUGUC